UGUGUCAUUUUUGUUGGUAAAAAUAAAGAAAUCAUUAUAAUAAAUAAAUAAACCAUAUUAAAUGACGACAGAUCGUUAAUCAUGUAAUAAAUGCAUUUUUGUUGCACAUAUAAACGAAAUUAGAAUAAACAUCUGACGAGAUAAAAAAAAACCAAAUAUACUUUUAAAUACAGAAAAAAGUAAAGAAUAUAAAGAGAAGAAAUCCAAAGAUAUUAUGUUUCCGGUAAACUAUUUUAAAUCAUUUUGUGUAAUGAAUUCCCCAGUUAUCAUAAUGAAUAACAUCCUGUUAAAGUCAGAUAACACUGAAUAACCUUAGGAUGAAAGGAAGCAAGAUUAAACGAGUGCUACUAAAAAUUAUGAAAAUAUUCGUGGUAGUCAAUCAUUGCUUCACCGUUAUAGUAAGUGUAUAUUUCGUUAAAAUGAAAUUAAAUAAAGUAUCUUUAUAUGUCGUCGUGUACUUAAUCCUCAACUUGCCCAAAAUAUCAAGCGUCCUUCCUUUGAAAAACAUGCAAUACCAGUCAAAGUGUAAAGAAUUUGCACAAAAGAUGGAACAUCGACCAAAGGAUUACGAAAAUAUGUGCCAGGCUAUAGAAAAAAUCUACAAAAUGCAAAAACCUCGCAUUGAUUACACAAUUAAAGAUAACCCAGUGUAUCGUAUACAACAAAAAUUUAAAGAGGCACACAAUAAUAAUAUACCAGCUAUUCAUAAGGUGGCAAAAAUAAUCGGACUCAUCAUAAUAAAAAUCUUAAUAUUCGGAUGUUGUAUCUUUUGCAAAUGUCUAAAGAAAAUUAAGAAUUCAAGAAAAAAUGAGCAAAACCAGUCGGUGAUAAACGUUUGAUAGAAGAGGAUUAUCUUAUCAAAUAAUAAAUAUUUUUAAUAAUCCAAUAUCAAUGAGAAUGAAAGUAUAAUGAUAAUUAUAUCGAUUGUUUAUUUUAUAGACGUGC